GGGUUUUCUACCUCUCUUCUCAUCCUUUUCGAAAAUUACAAUUAAUGGAGGAACAUCUCAUCAGUCCAUUUGCUGUGACCCAUCUCCUUCAACACACACUGAGAAGCCUCUGCAUCCAUGAAAAAUCUCUCUGGGUUUAUGCUGUUUUUUGGAGGAUCUUGCCAAGAAAUUAUCCUCCUCCCAGAUGGGAUGUUCAGGGAGCAUAUGACAGAUCAAGAGGAAACAGGAGAAACUGGAUAUUGGUGUGGGAAGAUGGGUUCUGCAACUUUGCAUCCUCGGCGGCGGAGAUGAGCUCCGGCGAGUGUGCCGCCGGCGCCGGAUGUGGAUCGUCGGUGCACGGAAACUUUGAUUUGCAGCAAUAUCAAGGGCUUCAGCCUGAACUCUUCUUCAAGAUGUCACAUGAAAUCUACAAUUAUGGAGAAGGGUUGAUGGGUAAAGUAGCUGCAGAUAACAGUCACAAGUGGAUUUACAGAGAGCCCAAUGACCAAGAAGAGAUCAGUUUCCUGUCUGCUUGGCACAACUCUCCUGACUCAUACCCAAGGACAUGGGCAGCUCAGUUUCAGUCUGGUAUCAAGACCAUUGCCCUCGUUGCCGUUGGAGGAGGUGUUGUCCAAUUAGGAGCUGUUCACAAGGUGAUUGAGGACUUGAGCUAUGUGGUAAUGCUAAAGAAAAAGUUCAGCUACAUAGAGAGCAUCCCAGGAGUCCUACUCCCACACCCUUCAUCCUCAAGUUACCCUUUCAUCAACUGCUCUCCUCCCGACACGUGUCACUUCCCCGUCGCUCCUGCGCCGAUGAAGAUCACGCCGUCGAUGAGAAGCUUGGAAGCUUUGCUCUCGAAGCUUCCGUCGGUCGUACCUUCCCCGCAGCAAAGGUACAACACUUUUCAGCGUGGCAACGCACGAGAAGAGACGAGUGCUACCCACGAGGACCAAAACGACGUCGCUUGUUGGAUUCAACAUCAUCAUCAUCAUCAUCACCAUCAUCAUGAUGUGGUGGGUGAGUGUAGCGACUAUCACCAUGACAGUAACGAUAUUUAUGAUCGUGAUUAACGAUAACCAUUCAUAGAAAAAACGGUAAUUAUGAUUGAGAUAAUAAGGUUAGUUGUUUUGUGGGUGUGGUGUGUCUAAGUACAAUAAUGUACUUGAUUUUUUUUCUUACUUUUUAAUUUUAAUUUCUCUGUUUUGUUUCUGCCAUGUAUUUUUGGUCCUUACAUAGCACACGUUAGAUUUUGGUCUUGAAUGACAUUGGUUUUUAUUUUGGUUUUUGA